CACUGUCAUCACAUGAUUUGCGAUCAUGGCGGCGUUGAUAAACCCUCUGCCAGGCAGCAGCGAAGACCGAUUUAAUGCAACCAGAAAGCCGGUGCUUGUGUCCAAACUCGAGGGCUGCAAUGACGAGGUCAACAUGGCCACCAUCAUCCCUGGUGAGGAUGGCAUCAUCAGCGUCUCGGACGACAGAACGCUUCGAGUUUGGCUGAAGAGGGACAGUGGACAGUACUGGCCAAGCAUUUGCCACUACAUGCCUUCAGCUGCGAGCUGCCUCUUCUACUGCCAUGAGACCAGGCAGCUUUUCGUUGGCAUGGACACAGGAGUGAUCUCUGAAUUCACGAUGACACCAGAUUUCAAUCACUUGGAACCCGGCAAACAGUAUACUGUGGCGCACGCUGGUCGUGUCACUGCAAUACACUUCUCGCUGAGCUGCGAGUGGCUUCUCAGUGCUGGCAGGGACAAGGCCUUCAAGAUGCACUGCUCAGAGACAGCAAGACAACUCGGUGGACACUUGGGACCGGCUUGGUUCACCUGCUUGCAGUUUGAUUCCCAGGCAAAAUACGCAUUUGUAGGAGACUUUUCUGGAGAAAUCGCUAUGUUAAAGUUGGGAGGAGUAAGUGGCGAUGGUUCAGGGACAAGUUCAGGAGGAGUCUCACACGUGACAACCUUGAGGGGCCACUCGGGCAGCAUCAGGGCGUUGGAAUGGUGCGCUGACAAAAAAUUGCUCUUCAGUGGCUCUUUUGACCAAAGUGUCAUUGUUUGGGACAUUGGCGGUCAGCAAGGAACUGCUUAUGAACUUCAGGGACACAGAAAUAAAGUCACUUCCCUAGCAUACGCAGUAGCUAGUCAACAACUAUUCUCUGGUGGAGAAGACUCUCAAAUAGUUUGCUGGGACAUGACAGUGAAAAGAAAAGAGACUCCUGACUGGUUUGAAUCAGACACUUGCCAACGGUGUGGCAGACCAUUCUUCUGGAACGUGCGAGCUAUGAUGGACCAAAAACAGAUUGGACUUAGACAGCACCACUGCAGACUGUGCGGCAGGGCUGUUUGUGACAAAUGCUCUUCCCCGCGCACGGCACUGCCCGAGUUGGGCCACGAGUUCCCAGUGCGAGUGUGCGAGCCAUGCUAUGCUACCGUUCGAGACGUUCCCCAGCACCCACUGGCUUCCUUCCACGAUGGAAAGCAUGUGAUUGUGUGUAUGGACAUUGAUGAGGCCAGGGAUCGACUCCUGACUGUUGGUCAGGAUAGAGUGAUUAAAAUCUGGGACAUUUCUACUCUUUUAGCAUGUCCUGUGUCCAAACACAACCCACCAUCAGCUGCCUCGUAGAUAGAUGAAAGUGAGACCAUCUUCAUAUAUACUCUUAACCUUCGCUGCUAAUUUAGGUGCAACUUUUGAUUCGUCUCGCGGUCUUUAUGUUAUUGUUAAUUUUUUAGUAAAUACCUAUUUUACCUUGGUUUUUGUAGGUUGCAGGAAUAGAUUCUUGCUAGCCUCUAUGCCUAAAAUAUUUUAUGCAAUCGCUGUUCCAAACUUCGAUCAGAUGUACACACAAUUGUUUAAUUGAGACUGCGAUUUUAUGGUGAUUAUUGAAUAGAAAUAUAUUGUGACCAUAUCUGAUUUCA